GUGAAUUUUCUGUGGAACGUUGACGUUUCUGUCGUUUAUUCCAAAUCAAUCAUAACGCUCGUGCUAGAAUACGAGUUCGCGUCUCUCAACAAAGAUAUAUAAUUGCAUAAAUAAAUUAAAGACGUGUGUUCGUCAAUCAUUAAAUCAAAGAUUCGUAAACAUUUUGAAAGCUAUUUCGGUUUCGCACGAUUUACGCAACGAAAGCAGCUGCGUCGACAACAUAAGGCAGCGGCAGAAGUUGCAAGAAGGCGGGGUAGCAGUCCAAGAAGCAGCAGCGCAAAGCGAAAUCAAAGUCUGCGCAUAGAAACAAAAUAUAUAAAAUAGAAAAAUAGCCGAGAGUGUGUAAUUGGUCGCAGUUGAUAAAAAGUUUCGAAACCGUUUGCUAAAAAUAGAUCAACAUGGCGCGCUUGAAACAUUUCUAAUUUUAUUAAAACAAUAUAUAUUUCAAAUAAAGUGUGCGAAAAAAAACUAAUACUUUGCAUAUUGUGGUCAAUCUGGAUGGACAGCGUUUCAAUUUACCAAAAAAAGUGCAUAAAUUGCAAUAAAUUCAAAUAAUUUUUUAUAAAAAUUGUGUUGUUUGAGCUUUGAUAUCAAAAUGUCGCGUUCAAGUAGUUUGUUGUUUCAUUCGGUUUCGAAUUUAGAGACUAAGCAGUUUAACUGUUAACAAAUUGAAACAAUUAAAAUAAAACAAACGAAAUUAUUCCAUUCAAAUAUUAAUGAAACUCUAAAAGCAAAUCAAUACAAAAUAAUUGAAAAUCAUAAAAAAAUAAAUACACGAAACUAAAAAAUAGAAAACUAUAACAAAUUUCUGUGUGUGUUUGUGUGUUUCGGGUCUUUUGGGCAGUGCAAUAUAAAAUAACGGGAAGUAUUAAGCUGGAAAGCUCUGUAAGUUUUUGACCACAUUCCACAUAACGUAUAACGUAACAUAGGUCGCGCACACUCGUCCUCUGAUUCUCGCUGUCUCGCUCACACUUACUCACUCACUCAACUUGUCGUUUUCCAACACUCGAUUGCAUUUGUCAAGUUGUGAUAACGGUUAGGCGCCUAAUGGCAAGUUCGCUCAACAAGACGAGACACAGGCGCAGAUUGGCUGCGAUCUCGUUUCUAUCGAAUAUCUCAUUAGAUGGCACACACCGGGACACAAAAUUUGGCGCAACAUUCGGCAGCAGCGUCUGCACGCAACAGCAGCAGCAGAAGCAUUAUAACAACAACAACAGCAAGGGCAACGCAACGGCAGCGUUGGGACUCGGCGCCGGCGGCUAUCAUCAGCAUUAUCAACGAAAUCAUCAGCAGCGCAGCAGCCAACCACAGCAGCAGCAGCAACAACACCAACACCAACAACAACACCAACAACAACAACAACAGAAUCACCAACAACAUCAGCAGCAGAAUGGUAAGUGCGGCGGCAAUGCAGCUGCGCUGCUUCUCUGCAGCGCCGAUGUGCACAUGGGCAGCGGCAGCGAUGCCGGCGCCGGCCUUUGCGGACUGGAUGACUGCGCUUCCGCAGGAGUGGGCGGUGCCAGCGAUGGUGAUGGUUUUAGUGAAACUGAAAAUAUGGGUCAAUACCUGAUGAAUGUGAGCGUACUGCCCUCCCAGGCUGAGAGACGCAACAUAAAGCGGCCCACCUCCUGUGGCCGCCAGCAACAGCAGCAACAGCAACAGCAGCAGCACCACCACCACCAGGCACCGGUCACUGGCAACAAUAAGCAGCGGCAGCAGCGUGGCGGCAGCGGCGGUUCCGGUGCCGAAAGCGGCAGCGAUUCGGACAGCGUCAAGAUACCGCUAAAGGUCUCCAAUUUGGGCAGCGGCCUUAAACUACUGCCCCUAAGGGAACGAACCUUUAGCAAUGGUGCCAGCGAGCAGAGCUUGCAGCCGGAGAGACGAGCGCGUCUAAAUACGGCGCCUGGCAUGCGUGGAGCGGCGGCAGCGGCGGCCAGCAAUGCGAGCUUCAUUGGAACUGGCGGCCUGAGGCGCAACUACAAUAUACGCAGCGGAUCGAGUGCCAGUCACAUAACGGAUGACAGCAGCACGGAGAGCUUGGCACCGGUUGGCAACUUUGCGGGCAGUUUCCGCAACAGUCUCAGCAAAUCCGUGCAAAUUACCGACGGCCGUAAGGACCCGGGUCCGGGCCUGGGACAACGUGGUGAGCGCAUGGUGUUGCUAUCACGGAACGUGCCAUUUGUUAUUUUCUCGGCGUUUCCGUACCACAAAGGCAAGAACGGACGAGCUGAGUUCCGCAAGGAGGAUCGUCGGCGUCGCAAUACAUCCACUUCACGCCCCUUGAGCUCUAUCAACGAUGCACCCUUUGAUCCCUUCGAUUUACUUGGCAUACAGAAAGCUGAAAGCGGUCAGGACAUUUCGUAUGGACAUUUGCUUAUACCAUCCCGGCAGUACGAGAAGGAGCGCAAGAAGCACGGCAAUGCAUCGACUAAUCCCUCAAUUUUCGAUAAUCAAAUGGAGAUAACGAGCACAGCGGCCCUUAGAAAUCAUGGCAUAGCCAGCACAAAAACCAUAACCAAACAUCAAGGCAAAUGGUGCUUCACAUACGAGAACAAUAAUCGCAACAAUGCAGCGAGUCCUACACCCGACCUGAAGCUGGACAUGGACAUGGAGAGCAUAAUACUGAGCGGGGACUCGACGCGUGGUCUGCCGUAUCAACAGUAUUCGGCUAGCAUUUUAGAUGAUCCCGAGCUCAUUGCGGGCAAGCAUCGCACCUUGCUCACCUUUACCUCGUACAUGACCUCCGUAAUUGACUAUGUGCGUCCAUCGGAUCUGAAGAAGGAGCUCAACGACAAGUUCCGGGAGAAGUUUCCAAGCAUACAGCUUACCUUAAGCAAACUGAGAAGCAUCAAGAGGGAAAUGCGUCGCAUUAACAAGCUGGAUUCACGCAUCGAUUUGGUGACCAUAUCACAGGCAUAUGUUUACUUCGAGAAGCUAAUUUUGGCCAAUUUGAUAAACAAAAGCAAUCGCAAGCUUUGCGCCGGCGCCUGCCUGCUGCUUAGUGCCAAAAUGAACGACGUCAAGGGGGAUGCCCUGAAGAGCUUGAUUGAAAAGACAGAGAAUGUGUUUCGCCUGAAUCGGAAGGAGCUCAUUUCCUCGGAAUUCGCUGUGCUCGUCGCGCUCGAGUUCAGUCUGCAUGUGCCAAUGCAUGAGGUGCUGCCGCAUUACCAGCGAUUGCUCUACGAAUCCUAGAAUUGGCCCACGCGCUGCGCCGAAGGACGUCUGACGGCGGCAGCGCAGGCGGCGGUAGCCCUGGCAGCGGCUACCACCCGACAUCAUUUGCGCCGCAAGGGCAGUCGCAAGUAGCACCUGGCAUACCUGUGGCAUACUUUCCGGCUGGCCGCGAGCCUGCUAGUACUUAUAUUGCAUAUUUUUUUGGAGUUGGGACUUUUUAUAUAUCUACGCGAAACAAUUAUUUAAGUAGCAGUUAAGUUGUGCUAAAACAAAAUAAUGGACUAAAGAAAGGUAAUGACAAAAAAAAAAUAUACAUAAAACAUAAUCCCCCCUAGACCUCUCUGGUAGUAGGCGCUUCCAUACACAAAAUAGCUGUUAAGUGUUUUUCGUUUAGCAAGUUUUUUUUUUUUAUUUAACGUUUUGUUAUAGAUCAAGCAUACUGAAUAAAUAAACUGACAAAAUUA